UUUGUAAGUGUUCCAGCCUCUAUAUAAGAGGUUGUUACUGUUAGUUACAGUUCCAGUUUUCAGUUGUAACAAAAACGCGAUUGUUAAAAUAGAUUAAGUCACACUUUUCAUUCCUUUCUUUAGCUACAGCUCAUGCUUAGCCCUCUUUUCUAUUUUCUUCUGAUUUUUCGUUCACUUCUUCUCAAAUUAGUUCAAGAAUCUUCAUGGUAUCAGAGCCACCGACAUACGUCCAUGGCGAAUCUGACUUCUGAGAUCUUGGAUUCUGGUUCGAAACUUGUUAAAGAGCAGAUUGACAGUGCGAGGGCAAUGAGUUCAGUAGCCCACUCUUCACUUCCAACUCUUUCAGUCAAAUUAGGGGAAAAGAACUACAGUUACUGGAGAUCUCAAACUCUACCUGCACUUGCUGCUUACGAGCUCGAUGGCUUUGUAACAGCUACUGGAGGUUCUUCACUAAGUCCUACUACACCCAAAUAUCAUUCACAAGUACAUGAAGUUCAGUCCUUUACUCAGUCUGGGUCUGUGAAUUCUACCAACAACUCAACAGUGGGGUAG